GCCAUUAGUAGAUAAUAAAAGAAUAAUAGAGAAAUUACAAGAAAGAAUAACAUUAAUGAAUAUGGAACUAUUGACUAAAAGAGAACACAAUGAUAAGAUUAUAAAAGAUAUUAAAGAUCAUUGGAAAGAGAUUGAGGAGAAAAGACAGAGAGAAAAUAAACAAAAAAUUGAAGAAGAAAUAUUUGAAUUCUCAUUAUAUUGUAAUCAUCCUGUUACCGGUGAAUUAAUGGAGUCAUUACUUAAAGUUCAUAAUGAUGAAUUACUACCCAGUGUACUGGAUAAAGCUUAUGAGUUAAUGGAAUUAGCUCCUCAUAUUCCUAUUGAGAGAUGUCGUUUAGUUGAAUAUAAUCAUUGGUUUGAAGUAAUGCAUCAAUCCUUUGAUCUUGAUGAGUUUCAACAUCAAACUAUUGGACAGAUUGUAGGUAGGACUGGAUUUUAUUGCUUAUUCUUAGAAACUCAUAAAGAAAAUGAAACCUUUAAGAAAUACAAUUAUGGAGGUGUUAAUCUAAAGGUAUCAGUGGUUGAUCUGUCAACUGGUGAAGUAGGACCAGCUAAACUAGUGAGAGGAGAGGAAGGUUGGACUGUUGAAGAAUUAAAACAACACAUAGGAGAAGUAUUUAUUAUCAAAUCAUCAUGUAUGAGAAUAGUAAAGGAGGAGGAGAAUUACUCGAGUAAUACUUCAGUCCUUGAUAUUAGUGAUGUACAAGGCACUCUAGAAGACAUAAGACACAGAUACAAACUAGUAAUGAAAUCAUUGGUGUAGUUUUAUUUUUGUGACUAAUCUGCCUUUAUUAAUUCCUGCUAGCAAUAUUUCACCUUAAGCCCAACAUACA